AUGCGUCCGUCACUAGCCAGACUCGCCAAAGCCGCGUCCACACAGAAGGGUCUUCGACCUGACCCCAUGGCCUUGCUGCCACCGAUUCCACUCUACCGACGCCUCUUGCGCGCGCACCGCAAGUUUCUCCCGGCGGAGCUGCGCGUCCUGGGCGACGAGUACAUCAAGGCCGAGUUUCGGGCGCACCGCAAAGUCGACAACCCAGCGCAUCUGAUUGGCUUCUUGACGGAGUGGCAAAUGUACGCGCAAAAGAUUGAGGGUGAUGCCUGGAUUGGCGACAAAAUUGACGAGGGUAAGCUGGCAAAGCUGAGUGAUGAGCAAGUGUAUCAGCUUUACGACUUGAUGCAAUCGAUAGAGAAACAUCGCAGGGGCGAGUAA